CUACUAAACACUCUCUCAAAUUCACGCCAAAGGUCUGAAAACGUUCAAACGUCCUCGCGCUUGGUCUACGAUAUUAGACUUCGACAUAAUGAACUAUCGACCAAGUUACUGCGAUGGUCAAAUCAAAAUCUUCAAAGGGCGAUGGCUCUAACAUCCCUCAAAAACAUCUCCAUUCCAGACUAUCCUUUCUUCACCAGGCAGCAACCCUCCUAGCCACCACAACCCGUGCAGGAGCGUCUGCGGACGCCGAAACAGGCUCUUCGACCAAAGAUCUGCGGCGUGAAAGCACAACAACUCAGCUCAAGUCGGAAGCGACGAGACUAUUGACUCAGAUCCGUGGAGUGUCUCGAAAGUCACAAAUCCGCUUGGGUCCAAAGUUCAAACACACAUUCUGCAAGCGCUGUGAUUCUCUGCUCAUCCCUGGCAGAACAAGCAGUGAAUCCAUUGUCAAUGCGAGCAAGGACAGCAAGAAACCUUGGGCAGACAUAUUCGAGAUUCGAUGCAGCACCUGUGGGACGAUCAAACGAUUUCCGGUGGGCCAGUGCGAGAACAAGCCGGCGGAGCCAGAGUUGACGGCAUGAGCAACAUGAAAUAGAUUAGCGAAGAUAGACUUUGCUCCUCCUGAAAUUGUGACAGAUCAACAUACAUCCGUCCCAACAUGUCUGUUUUGUAGCGCGAGCCACGACACUUCUAGCACAGAUUUUCUUGCAGAUGUCCAAUUGAAAAUGACGCCCGCUCUUGAAAGCAAAUCCAUCAUUACGCCAUGUCCAAGCCAAAUAACUUCAAGUCUCGAGACAUCCCAUGAUCAGGAGAUCGA